UCUCUGGCGAGCGAUGCGAGCAGCAAGACAUACGGGGCGGCAUGCAGUCCCGCCAUCUGCACUGUUACCUGGCAAUGAUACCAUCGCUUGCUUUAAUCCUGCCUGCGCACACGGUCUGCCCUCCCUCGUCCUGUCCUGUUCGUUGACUGUCCGUCACUCGUCAUGUUCUCCUCCAAAGCAAAGUCCGGCCCAUCUGAGUAUGCACCUCUUGCACACGAUGAUGGCGAGGACUCGGUCGCAAAUUCCGAGAAGCUUUCCUCCUCUGAAGACGAUCACUCUGUCCCGUUACUAGAAGCCUCGGACGACUUCUUGCCAUCCAAGCCGUCGUCACUGCCCAAGCUCGUUCUCUACUUUUCGUUCGCCCUAGCACUGCUAUCAGCGGUGAAUGUUGCUCUCCUUCCCACCACAUUGUCAAAGUACCGAGCUUUUCCCUUCUCCGACUCCGAGCUCGAGGCGCUCCCCUAUGGCGACGCCAGACUUGGGUUGGACCGGGCAGCGAAAAUGAUCCCCCCUCCUCAAGUAUAUCAAUAUGCUUGGCCGGAUAGGAUUGCACGUGUGAGCCGAAAAUUGAAGAAUGCUGUCUGGGGUCAGGACGUGCAGGUCUAUGUUACCGUCGAGGACUCGACCAUCAUGCGUUUUCCAAUUCCGUCCACCAGCGUUAAUGCUUGUGCCAUCACUUGGCGGCCACCUCCCGAGUUCUCUGCGCGUGACAAGGACGUCACAACUAAGGGAGAUGUUACGGAAAUCGAAGUCUGGCAGCUUAUCGCGCCCUCGGUUGCCUCCGUCUCUCCCAGGAUGGAGGAGCUUGACUAUGAUACGCUAUCUUACUCAAAUCUCCCCGUACGAGGAGAGCUGCUCGGUGUACUAGACCUCACAGCCAAACCGAACAGCACAACAGUUGACUUCGCCUGUCCCACAGGGGUGGAUAGCCUUACGGUUGAGUUGAGGUGCCAGCGUGUUGCGUGUCAUGUGAGCUUCAUGCAGAUUGACAUGGCGCCGAGUUUUGGGUUUGAGUUGGCGAGGCGAAGGGAUUGAGCAGCUCAGGCUAGUUUUAUUGCUUUGGAGUAGUUUUAUUAUUUGAAUAGCUCUACAUACAGUGCCUUCCAAGUCAAUGGAAAUCUGUUAUCUGAA